UCUCACACAGCGCCAAGCGGCACAGCAGAGUGUGAGUGUAUCUGUGAAUCGCUCCCAAGUGCACUCAGACCACACCAGACAACACUCGGUUAACGGAGGGACGCACACGUUAGGAGCGAAACGCAUUGGAAGGACUUAAGGCAAAAGCGCUUCGCUGCAAGCCGCAUGACGGGCAGCGGGUGAAGGAUGCUGUCAAGCCGCUCAGCAGUAGUGGAGAGCGGGUAGUGCAUGCCGCGCUGCUCCGGGAUCAGUUCGUGUAAACGGACGCCCCGGCUCACCGGUUCCCGGUUUGGAGAGCCGUGUUUGUGGACUUUUCAUCACACUGGACUUUUGGCUACGUGUCUUUUCAGUAGAGAUUUUGAAGGACAUAGGUGGGCUGUAUUUAUUUAAAGAACAUUUCCCCCUCAAAGCUACAUAGUUAGUUUUGACUUUACGGCACCACUUGGACUUUUUCCCCCUUGUUUCCAGCAUGGGAGCUUAUACAAAAAGUCGCUCCGGGACAUUUGACUUUGGACUGGAAUAAUUAAUUAGCUGAAAGAGAAUUGCCAUAUUUUCGAUCAGUCCAAUUUUUGUUUGUUUGAUAGACAUUUGUUUUUGUGCCAUAUUCGCACCAAAGAAACAGACACACUUUGGAAUAUGGUAGGUCACUCAUGAAGCAAAUUUAAUAACAGUGUUUUAUAUUUGUUUGCGUAAUCAAAGAGAAAAACAAUAGUAGUCAAGUGCACGCAUAAAUAAGACAGCAGAUACACAGUUUAAGUGCGUAUUUGGACACUGUCUGUCCUCUCUAUACGCGUCUUUGGAGAAGUUGAAAAACAAAAACAAUUGAUUCGCAACCAUUAGAACUUAUCCUGUGAUAUUAGCAUUUCAUUUUUGAUUAAGCGUUUGAUCAGUAGAUUCAUACAAACAUUUCAAUAGUUAAUUGUAUUUUUUUUACUUUUUGCUCUUGGAGACACACAGAAAAAACAGACAGUGUGCCGAUGUCUGGCAAACUGGCCGUCAUGUGGGAUUGAUUGCAGGGGAGUAUGUUUGGGCUGGAGCAGUUCGGUUCUCAGAUUAAUAGCAGAAACCCUGGCCAGUCGGAGAGAAACAUAAACCACCCGAGACUGAACAUGGGCUCCCAUUAUAAAAGCCCAGGUUUUCACGCUGGAGGCCCACCAGGAGCCGUGGAACCCGGCAUGGGUCCUCUGAGCGAGCCGCAAAUGCUCGGGCUCAAUAUGAACAUUAACGGAGAGCAGUACGGGGGCUUUCACCCACGGGGCCACUCGGACAUGCAUGCAGGCGGUGGACUGCAGCAGCAGCAGCAGCAAGGACCCAUGCAUGGAUUUUUUAACAACCAGCAACCUCAUCAAGGACAUCCUCAUGGCCAUCAACCUCACCCCCACCAACCUCACCCUCAUUUCAGUGGGAAUUUUGGAGGCCCAGAGCCAGGGUCAUCUUGCCUGCAUGGUGGCAGGCUAAUGGGCUACAACAACAAUGGCAUGGGACCACAGCAGGGCUUUGGAGAAGGAUUUGAUCCUCUCUCUGAGGGACAGGCAGGGGAUGGCUUUCCCCAGCAACAGCAGCAGCAACAGCCGCAGCAGCGGCCCGGUAACAUGCCUGAUUUUACGCAUCACGGGCCCCCCAGUGGUAGCCAUGCUGUCCCUGCUCCCUGUCUACCCCUGGACCAGUCCCCUAACAGAGCAGCAUCCUUCCAUGGUCUCCCAUCCUCCUCAUCCUCAUCAUCUGAGUCUCAUGGCCUGGAGCCUCGGCGGAUGCCCAACCAGGGAGCAGUAGAGGGAUUAGAGUAUAACUUUCCAAGUGAGCCUCCAUCUGGACAUUUUGAUGUAAAUGUAUUUUCCCCAUCAGAAUCAGAAUCUCAGUUACCCAAUUUUGGUCCAGGAAGGCCAGUUCCAGGCGCUAAUUUCCCAGGGAACCCUGGAAUGCCACGGACACCAGGUAUGCCCAGCACCUCUAAGGGACACCAGCCGCCACAGCCCCAGCAGCCUCAGCAUGGAGUGUUUUUUGAGCGUUUUGGAAAUGGCCGGAAGGUGCCCGUGGGAAUGGAGCCGGGGGUCAAUGCAAGACAUCCUCUCAUGCAGCAGCAACAACAGGCCGGCUUGAUAGCCAGACAGAAUUCAUGCCCCCCUGGCCUCCCCCGACCCCCUCAGGCUGAGCCCGGCCCUACUAACCCUAACAUUCUGGACGGAGGGGUCAUGAUGCCUGGCCAACACAACCAGUUUGAAUAUCCCAUUCACAGACUGGAAAAUAGAGGUCUGAACCCCUAUGGGGACCCCAUGUUUAAUAUGCAACAGCCAGCCCCUCCUCCCUCCCAACAACCCCCAAAUCAGCGACUGCAACACUUUGACUCUCCUUAUAUGAACAUGGCGAAAAGGCCAAGAUUUGACUUUCCUAAUGCACAUGGCGGUGAAGGCUGGUGUGGUGCUAUGGAAAACCACCUCUCUCCGUCGGCCUACCCCGGCCUGCCUGGAGAGUUCACCCCACCUGUGAGUGAAGGUUUCCCACCAGGUCCGCUGCAGCAUCCAGGGCCUGAGCAGCAGUCUCUGCAGCAGCGGCAGAAUGCAGCCAUGAUGAUAAAACAGAUGGCCUCUCGCAACCAGCAGCAGAGGAUGAGGCAGCCCAGCCUGCAGCAGCUGGGCCACCACGGCGAAGUUCCUCCUGGCCCAAUGGCUCACGGAGGCCCAGUCGGGAGCAUGCCACAGCCCAACUUUGACAGGGAGAAUGCUGGCAGAAUGCCCAACAUUGAUGGACAAAAUCCUCAUGUAACUCAGGAGAACUCCUGGUUCCAAGGUUCCCACCCACCAGGGGAGAUGAUGUCACGGCGUAUGGGUGGAGCGGGUAAUGAAUCAGGGCCCCACGACAUGGGGCUACAGCAGAACGGGGCUGGAAUGAUGUUUAGGCCUGGCAUGGGCAUGCAAGAGCCCAUGAGAAUACAAGGAGAUGGGCAUGUACAGGCUCUCCAUUCCCCGGGCAUGCACUCACAAUUCAGUGGGAACAUGGGCAACCUCUCACAAAUGCAGUCUCCAGGAGCAGGGACAGGGCAUCCGAAUGCAGCAGCGGAGAGGCGGCCAGCUGACUUCCCUGCACCUCCAAUGGGAGCACAGCCAACGUUUCCCUAUGGGGGGGUUAACCGUCAGGGGCCAGCCCACAGUGCUCCCCAGGGGGUGAACACCUCACCAGGGAGCUACCCUCCUCAGUCUGAGUUCCCCCCAGGCCAGCGGUCGUCUGUUAGUAAGCUUGGAGCCCUGUCCCUUGGGAACUUUAGCAAAACCAGCGCUAAAGACAGUGUUUUCGGCCAGAGCUGCCUGGCGGCCCUUUCCACAGCCUGCCAGAACAUGAUCGCUAGCCUAGGGGCCCCCAAUCUUAACGUAACAUUCAACAAGAAAAGCCAAAAUGAGGGCAAGCGAAAACUGAGUCAGACAGAGCAGGACAUUAAUAGCAGCACAUCUAAUGGGACUGGCAGUGCUGGACCUGAAUAUUUUCAGAGCGGCACUUCCCAGAACAGCCAGAUGCCUGGCACUGGGAAUAGCAACUCCAAGCCUGUAAGUCAAAGCCAGACGGUGCAGGGGGAAGCCAGUGCCCUCUCCCCAAAUUACAACAUGGACGCUACCCCAUGCAGUGAGGGGAAAGCAACAACAGGGAAUGGGAGAGGGAGAGGAAGGAGAAAAAGAGACAGUGGACAUGUGAGCCCUGUCAUUUUUUUUUCUCCUGACAAUGCUAACCCUGUUGUAAGUCCAGGCCAGCAGACCCCCUCUGCUGGCAUUGGGGAGAGGGGUGGGGGCACGCCCCACGAGAAACACCUCCAAUCACCGUCUUGGGGAAAAGGAGGCGACCUAAUCUUGGGGGACCAGGCCGACCUUAUGUCUUCUUUGGACAGUGGCAUUCAAAGUGUCGCUAAGUCUGACAGUAGCUCACCACGGGUGGACUUUCCUGACGAUGUCAGCACCCACUAUGGUAACGAGGAUGAGGUUUCCUCCAGCUCAGAUGCAGGAGGGGCCUCAGCCACCAAGCCCAAUCGCAGCCCUAUGAUCACCGGCUCACCCAAAAUGCAGAGAACUGACCAUGGGUUGAUUAAUGGACAAAAGCCCCUUGCCAUGGGCAUUAACAAUCAUACUACCUCGACACCAGACAGUUAUGUACUUAAUGCUGGUGGGGGCACAGGGGCCAAUGGGCCGAGCCACCCGGGCACUCCUGGGGUGGAGCAGGUACGCACCCCAUCCAGCACCUCUGGCCAGGAUGAAAUCCAUCCUCUGGAGAUUCUGCAGGCCCAGAUCCAGCUCCAGCGGCAGCAGUUCAGUAUCUCUGAGGACCAGCCCCUGGCUAUCAAAAAUGGCAAAAAGAAUGGUGACUGUCCCUCACAGAACGGAGACAAUGAGCUGGCAAGCUGCAGCCCGGAUGCUGGGAAGGGCUCAAUGGGCACUAUUGACCUUGACACCCUCAUGGCAGAGCAGCACGCCACCUGGUACGUGCCCAGUGACAAGGCCAUGAUGGACGGGUCAGAGGAUGACAAGGCCAUGGGACCAUGGGAAAAGAAUAAGAGCCAAAACAGCAGCAAAGAAGGUAAAUAA